AUGCUGGCAGCUAUUGAGGGAAUCCAAAUGGUGUCUGUGCAGCCAGCAACUCGGCUCCUGGAACUAUUUCAUCAGCAGUACACGACACCAUUCUACGACGCUGUCUCCGACAAGCGCCAGCAUUCGCCGUACACCCAAGCCAUGCAGAACGUGAUGAGUUUAUCGAUGUGCCGACAGAUAUGCCGCAUUUUCCGCAGCCCGAGUAGUCAAGAGAAAGUCAUCGUUCUUGACUGCGACAACACGCUGUGGGGUGGUGCGGUAGCCGAAGUCGGCGCAAGCGGCAUUGAUCUCAGCCCACGCUUUCUCGCGCUGCAGCGUUUCGUAGUCAAGCAGCAGGAGCGCGGUAUGCUUCUUGCUCUCUGCAGCAAGAAUAUUCAUGAAGACGUUGUGCAGGCGUUUGAACAACGUCGCGAUGACAUGGUGCUCGACAUGAACAAGCAUGUCGUAGCCGCCAAGGUCAACUGGCAACCCAAAUCGGAGAACAUCGCGCAACUCGCUAAGGAACUCUCCCUCGGGCUGGACUCUUUCAUUUUCAUCGAUGACAAUCCCCUCGAGUGCAAUGAAGUCGCGACUGCAUUGCCGCCCGUGACAGUCAUAAUGCUUGGGGCAAAUUUCUCCGAGUCGGUUCUCGAUCACGAGUGGGUUUUUGACGAGGGAUUUCAACGGACGCAGCUUUAUCAGCAGAAUCUUCAGCGCGAACAACUUCGCGAAUCGUCGUCAACACACCAAGCUUUUCUGAGUGCGCUUGGUGUGAAGAUUGUCUUCGAGGAGCUCGACCGCGAGCAGGAGCUUCAAGCUAGAAGCUCGUCCUUCACCAGGGUGCUCCAGCUUCACCAUCGGACGAAUCAAUUCAACACAGCGACAACUUUUGCCAAGCGGUUGGAGGAGCAAGCACUAUUGGAAUAUGUCGCCACUCCUGGCCGCACAGUGAUUUGUGCACAUGUGACGGAUCGUUUUGGCCACUACGGGCUCGUAAGUGCUGCUCUCUGUCAGCGUCUGCGUGACAGUGAAAUUCUGCGUGUGGACAGUUUUUUGCUCAGCUGCCGUGCACUUAACCGAGGAGUGGAGCAUGCGAUGCUGCGAAGACUCGGUGAAAUCGCAGCCAAGGCAGAGGCAGCAACGAUGGAGUUUGCGUGGGAGCCAACAGAACGCAACCAACCAGCGCAUGCGUUCUUUUCGGCAUUGUCCGAUGCCGAAUUUGUGGUCAAUGGAGAACCUGCGCCCAACACCGUCGGAAAUGCAAGGCAGCAUGCUGGGGCAUGGACUAUCGCGGUAGGCAAAGCAAGUCAAGUAUCCUUCCUGAAAUCAGAACAGAGCUCGGGUUGCAGCAGCAUCAGUGGAGGGGGUUUGCUGGGAUGGAUCCUUCGCAGUCCCCUUGGUAAUUGGCUCCAGCAUGCGGCGCUUUCAGCCUUCCGGUGGACUGUAUCCUCAAUCACACUGCCGCCGUGGAUAACGCGAUUCCUCAAACCAUUCUUCGCUCGGCGGAUCGGCGGAGUUGUAUCGGCCGGAUCGCUUCGUGUACUUCUCAGCGAUCCCGGCAGUCUGGAGCAGUUCCUUGCUCCUGCUCUUCGCGAUCUAUCCAGCACUUACAACUUGGUAGUCUCGGAUGGCUCGCAUGAUGACGACAAGUUUCGUAGGAAAGCGCGUCACCAAACGAAGCUGGCACUUGUCGAUCACCUUCACGAGGAAGUUCCGCGCGAGAUUUGGUCCGCUAACCGACCGCAUACACAUGGAAAACGAGGUACUCACAACCAAGAAAAACCUGAUGGCAACACAGCACUUCGGCUCCAGCUCGCUUGCGAGUCUGCACAAUGUUCUGCAACUAUCCAACGCGAUAGUCGGUGUGCCUUUCGACGGUGCCGCAACUGUUGUUACCGAAUCCAGAGGCUUCUCACGCGCUCCUUGCUCCACGCCAAUGCUGAGGCCCGACAAUCGGCUGUGAACGCACUGCAAGUCGAAUUCGCACUAGACGCUGCCAAAGUAGCGACAACAGAUGCGCAGGCUUCUGACCCCAACGUGCAAUGGUGCAAAGCCCACCAAAACAAACGCCGGCGUGGGGAAAUAUUCAAUCCAAAGUAA